ACCACAAUCCCUAACGAAUAAUAAGAAUACACGUAUUCCUGGUGAUAAGAAUCCGAUUAAAACUCGAUAAUCUAGAACCUAUAUAAAGUAAUCACUUGCAUAGUAUGAUAACUGCUUUAUUGUAAGAAGUAUAUUUUAGUGACCCAAAAAUGGAAACGAUCACAGCCGAGAACUUGAAUAAACAAGAUUUAAAACCAUUUUCUUAUGUAAACGGAAAAAUUAACGUAAUAGAAUUUUUAGAAGCAACAUCAAGUUUAAUUAAGGUUAUUGAACGUCUUGGAAAAGCUUUUGCACCUGUUAAAUAUGAUAUGGAAGGAAAUGUGGAGAAAAUUAAGAAGUAUUAUAAAUAUGACAACAACUCUUGUUUACUUGAAUUGAUGGCUGAAGAACACAGUAAAGGGAAAAGUGAAGCUGCUGAAGGUAUUUUGUGGCUAAAUAGGGCAUUACUAUUCUUUGAACUCAUAUUUCAACAAAUUAUUGUCUCUCUACAAACAAAUAAUAAUGAAGUGGACAUGAACAAAAUAUAUAAUAUGGCAUAUGAAGGCUCUGUAAAGAAGUACCAUAACUGGAUUACUCAACAACUUUUUGCGCUCAUCUGCAAAGUGGCACCAAACUUCACUCAAAUAUUGAAAUCAUUUGAAGUAGAGAAUAAUCUAAACCAAUUUGAAGAAAAACUUACAAAUUUUAAUUCAACCUUACACUCGGUUAGAACAAAGAUAGAUGAUUUCUUUAAGGAACGAAACUUAUUUAGUGACUCAUAGAAAUUUUUAUUUAAAAUUAGUUAAAUUAAUAUUGAAGCUAUUCACACAAACGACAAGUAAGACUAAAUUCUAAAUUCUUGAUAAACAGAAUGUGGACUUUAUAAUUUGAAAUUUAAUCUUAAGUGUACAUCAAAAGUGCUCCAAAAUUUUGAUUAGAUAACAAAUUUAUUUUGAUCUAUUCCAUUUAUUUACUUUUGUUAUGGUAUGAGCCAUUAUGUAAAUGUUUUCAUAUACCUAUGGUUAUACUUAAGGAAUGAUGUCUGCUUUAUCUAUCACCUUUAAUCAAAAUGAUGAAAGGAAGGACACGUACAAACAAUAGAGGCUAAUAGUACUUAGUGUACUUUUAUAUGUAGGUAUUAAUAGUAAAGGGCUAUGCAACCAAAGUAUUAGUUUCUCAUUAAAUGAGAUUUUUCCUAUCAGA